AUGCUAAAAACCCUUCUUUUAUGCUUAUCCAUACUCUUUGUGAGUCUUGUGCAGGUCAGUUAUGGUGCAAAAAAGGUCAUCUUCAUUUCCUUUGAUGGCUUUCGACAUGACUACCUCGACAUGGCUGAGAAAGAGGGUCGAAACAUUUCCGCCUUUAAAGCCAUCCGUGAACAGGGCUUUCAAGCUGAAGUACAAAAUGUUAUGCUGACUUUAACGUUCCCUUCACACUAUGCUAUGGCCACUGGUCGAACAGUUGAGAACCAUGGUCUGGUGGGCAACAACUUUUUUGAUCCAAGGUAUGGUCUUGCCUACAAUUAUAAGAAAAACGAAAAAAAUAUACAGUCAUGGUGGUUUGAGUUUGGCGGUGCCGAACCUAUUUGGAACACUAAUGAACGUCAUGGAGGAAGAAGUUGUGUAGUCCAGUGGGUUGGCAGUGAAGCAAGAGUUCACAAUCGCUUAGCUUUUGCAACUGCUGGUGUCUACAAUAUGGCAUACUCUCUUUUUAAUCGAAUUGAUAGAAUGUUGGACUGGUUAUUGCAACCUGAAUUUAAUCUUUGUAUGCUUUACUUUAACGAACCGGAUAGUGCGGGACAUAGUUAUGGUCCAAAUUCAUCUCAAGUUAUGGAUGCUGUUGAAUUGACAAAUGAAGGUGUCUCCUAUCUUCUGCAGAGAAUUGACCAGAUUCCCGAACUCAAGGAUAAUGUCAAUAUCAUCAUAUCCUCUGACCACGGAAUGGCUUACACUGACUGUAAUACGCAGACAGUUAAUCUGUCACAUGUUAUGGAUAAGGACGUCUUUCGUUUUGAUUCCUCUCCAGCAACGCUAGGUCUAUGGCCAAAGAAUGGCACUAAUCUCACAGAAGAGGAUUUUCUUAAACGCUUUGAUAACAUAGAGCAUAUAACUGCAUAUUUGAGGAAGGAUAUUCCAGAUCGAUAUCACUAUAAAAAUAACCGCAGAAUCGCUCCCAUAUUCGUGGUUGCUGAUCAAGGUUGGUUGAUCAGUACUAGGGAUUCACCUUAUGUCGAUUUAUGUAAGUUACACCUUCCUCUUUGUCGUUUCUUUACGUCAAAUAUGAAGGUUAUUUCUGCUCUUUCAGAUGGAAUGCAUGGAUAUGAUAAUGCGAAUCCUGAAAUGCACCCUUUCAUGGUUGCAGCAGGCCCGGAUAUCCAAAAUUUUAAAGAAAGACAACUAUUCCAUCAGAUUGACCUUUACCCUUUCAUUUGUGCAUUGUUGGGAUUAGAUAAGCCUAAUCGAAUUGAUGGUUUGAUUGAUCGCACUAUACCAUUCAUGAAGAAUCCGCCAAAUGAAACUUUUCUGGCUAAAUUCAGGAACUAUGCCGGUGGCAUAAUAACUCCUUAA